AUGGCAGACACCGAUCACUAUCCUUCACAAACAUCCACCGUCAUCUCAGAAAAGAGCCCGUCUUCCUACAUCACUCCCCCCUCACCGAAGCGAAGACCUGUUCGAGCGCCCAGCACGAGAACAAGCAACGGCACCGUCAGCACAAACAUGAGUUAUGGCAGUGCGGGACGAUUGUCAGAAGCCACAAAUAUCACGCAGCCACCUGCGUACUCCAAAAAAUUCGUGGUCGUGGGUGAUGGAGGUUGUGGAAAGACCUGUCUCCUCAUCAGCUAUGCACAGGGUUAUUUUCCAGAGAAAUACGUACCGACCGUGUUUGAAAAUUACAUCACGCAGACCAUUCACAAGCCCUCAGGCAGGUCAGUCGAACUCGCACUAUGGGAUACAGCGGGGCAAGAAGAGUACGACCGGCUUCGCCCACUGUCAUACCCGGAAACAGAUCUUCUCUUCGUCUGCUUUGCCAUUGACUGCCCCAAUUCGCUAGAAAAUGUCAUGGAUAAGUGGUAUCCUGAAGUCCUACACUUCUGUCCUACGACGCCCCUGAUCCUCGUUGGUCUCAAAUCAGACCUCCGUAGUAAACGAACCUGCAUUGAACUCUUGCGCACUCAGGGCCUCACCCCAGUCACGCCAGAACAAGGAGCUGCGGUGGCUCAACGAAUGGGGGCCAGGUAUAUUGAAUGCAGCGCAAAGGAAAACAAGGGCAUUCAGGAGGUGUUCGAUUUGGCCAUCAACACCGCCAUUCAGGUCGAGGAGGAGAGCUUCGAGGCAAAGCCAAACAACAAGGGCAUCAAGGUGAAGAAGGCAAAGAAGAGGAAAUGCGUAUUCCUGUGA